AUGUUCGACAACGUGUGCAGUCUCCCUCUCUCUAGCGACCUGUUUGCGCAGGCAAUCCAUCCGACUGAGCCACUUGUCGCAGUUGGUCUCUCGUCAGGUCAUGUUCAAACAUUUCGCAUUCCUCCUUCAAGUGACAGCGGCCCAGGCGCAACGAAAAAUGGGCUUGGACACAUCGACACAGCUUGGAGGACGAGACGACACAAAGCCAGUUGCCGAUGCUUAGGUUUCGGGAUUGAUGGCCAGACACUUUAUUCAGCAGGGGCUGAUGGUUGGGUUAAAGCUGCGAAAGCAGAGACUGGUGUAGUAAAUUUGAAGAUUGCGGUUCCACGGCUAGGGGAAGGGACUCACGACCGCAUUGAUCCACCCACUGUAAUCCAUGCGAUUUCGCCAGAGACCAUUAUUCUUUCUACGGACUCUGGUGCGCUCCAUCUUUUUGACCUCCGUGUACCUCCCUCUCCUGUUUCACAAAGACCGCAACAAACUCACCACCCGCACGACGAUUACGUUUCCUCACUUACUCCACUUCCCCCAUCGGAAACAAGCACUUCCGGGUUUAGCAAGCAAUGGGUCACCACAGGCGGCACUACAAUAGCGGUAACAGACUUGCGCAGAGGAGUUUUGGUUCGUAGUGAGGACCAAGAUGAGGAGCUGAUCAGCUCCGUCUACGUUACUGGUUUGAAAGCAGGUGGCACAAGUAGAGGAGAAAAACUGGUUGUUGGGGGGGCAAGUGGGGUAUUGACUCUUUGGGAGAAAGGGGCUUGGGAUGACCAGGACGAGAGAAUUAUUGUGGAUCGUCAGCCUGAUGGAGGUGAGUCAUUGGAGAUAUUGUCAUUACUUCCUGAUAGUAUUGGAGCUGGCAAGGUUGUUGCUGUCGGCCAAUCGGAUGGGGCUGUCCAAUUUGUGCAGCUUGGAGUCAAUAAGGUUAUUUCGAAGGUUGUGCACGAUGAGCUGGAGGGAAUUGCAGGCCUUGGAUUUGAUGUUGGAGGACGAAUGAUAAGUGGUGGUGGAUCGAUUGUUAAAGUUUGGCAUGAAGCUGUGGAACGUGAAGGGCAUGGCGAAAACGAGGAGGAUGAACAACAUUCUCGCAAACGGUUCGUGAUGGGCAGCGAUGAUGAUGGUAAUGAUGAUAGCAGCGUUGAUGGCCAGAAACAGAAUAAGAAGAAACGCAAGAAGAGAAAGAAGGGCAAAAGCAAAGAUAAAAGCGAUGGGCAGCAUGUCAUGGCGUUCAAAGGACUCGAUUGA